AUGUUUGCCGGGACUACUUUAUGGUUAUUCCAGAAUUUUACAUUAAUUAUCGAACGAGUGGAACCAUAUGAUGGGGCCAAAUAUGUGUGCGAAAUAACGUCACCUGAAAUUGCAUCCAACAGUUUCAAUAUCACCGGAUACAAAUCCAUUGCUGGUGAAUGUUGGCGAAAAUGUGGUCAUCAAAUGCUCGGCCUCGGGAAAUCCGCCUCCAAAAGUUACUUGGGCUCGACAGUGCAUCCAACAGUUUCAAUAUCACCGGAUACAAAUCCAUUGCUGGUGAAUGUUGGCGAAAAUGUGGUCAUCAAAUGCUCGGCCUCGGGAAAUCCGCCUCCAAAAGUUACUUGGGCUCGACAGGAUGGUCAACAACUACCAGCACGAGCACUAUCAGAAGAUGGACAACUCAGGAUAACUCGAGUUGCGGUCGAUGACACUGGAGUUUAUGAAUGUACAGCAACAAACAAUAUUGGAGCUGAUGCCCAUGACAGCAUCGAGGUCCGAGUGCAAUGUGAGUCUUUACUGAUUUGCAACUCAAAUCAAUGGUUGUUCCGAAUUUCAGCGCUUUAG